CUCUAUUCCCUCUCGUCUUCCUGCUCGUCGUGGUUCUUGAUCUUGUCCUAAACAACGACUGUCGUACGCCACAUCCGUCAGCAUGGAGUCACAAGGAGGCGACAUGUCUCCUCCUGCCCAACCAAACACCGGCGCCUCCAGGGCCAGUAGGAUGUCGCCAGCACGACUGGCAAGGAAAAGAAAGGCGGAUAGAGAGUCGCAAAAGGCCUCCCGCUUGAAGCAGAAGAACUAUAUCGCCCAUCUGGAGGCCUUGGUUAAGUCUUUGGAUGCUUCGGCGGGCUCCGACCCGGUCGAGCUGCUGAAACAACAGGGUGCAGAGAAUGUCGAGAUCAAAAAGGCACUCACAACCAUCUGCAAAAUCGCCCAGACGGCCCUGGGUGUGAGUGGGGGCGACAGCCGAUACAUGGGCACCUCGUCUUCGCCCGACCCGAUGACCGAUCAAGCAGACGUGAAGGACAUGAAGCCUGAUCCGCCAAAACUGCGAAAAAUCCAGCCUUCCCAAACGGCCAAGUUGGAUUUCGAUACAGAUCCUGUCAAAAGCAUGGGUGAAUCAGAGGCGACAAUUGCAUCCGUCGCUGACGUCCAUCCACAUGGCGCCGGUUUCCCUUCCAUGUUCACAGAAGAUGACGCAAACCUGGGAGAGUUCAUUCACCAUGAUCUCCUGGACUUUACCGUCCGAGAGCCGGGCGCUCAACAGACCUUCGAUGCGUCAGAACUCCUCUGUACCAGAGAGGCAUUGUCCAUGGCCCAAGCGGCUCCUGGUUCCUGGGCGUUUGCACCGUUAUCGGAAUCUUUGCCUUUACGAACCCACCACCCAGAUAGCGGAGGCCGGGACUGGGUAUCCACGGUAAACCUGCUAACUACGCCCGUCGUGUUUCCACUCGAGUCUCCCGAAGACGCACUCGAUGGAGACAUUCCAAUCUCAGCCGUAUUACGGGGCUGGGAUGCAGUCGAGACCCGGCGGCCGCUAGAUCCGGGGUGGAAGGUUCUUCGAGAGAUUGAUCAAAACCUGUUUAUCGGAUGUGGCAUUGCUGAAAGACUGGCUGUCUUGCGGAUCAUGAGGUUGAUGUGCCACUAUAUGACAACAGCAGAACGGCGCCCAGAGCUGCCCCCAUUUAUGCUCAAACGGCCGUGUCAAGAGCAUAUCAAACACCACCCGAUGAUUGAUUAUCUUGUAUGGCCUGGAUUGCGCGAAAGAUUAAUUUUCUCACAGCAAAAGUUCGCCGCCAACGCAGAUCGAUAUACUGAGCUGUUCCGCACCAAUUUCCGCUUCCUGUGGCCGUUCGAGCCCGAGGACAUCUACUAUCGGGACCCGGAAACAGGGCGAUACGCGUUUUCGGAACAGUUUAUCGGACGCACAGAGGAUCUCUCCUGCUGGACGAUGCACAAUGACUAUUUUAUUGCCCUACCAGAGCUACGUGGGGAUAUCCCUGGAUUCCCUCAAACUUCUAUCUACACUCUGAGUCAACAGCCGCCGGUGUCACAACAGGCUGUGCAGCGAAAGCCUUUGCCUAGGUCUGGAGACAGUCAAGAGUCCUCGCAGAACGACAAGUGCUCGGUGAAUAUAGAUUUUCCUCAUGCCAUGUGGGGAAGGAUGUCACAAGUGUCUUGA